CAAGAACUGAAAACAACAUCAUGAAGUGUGUUUUAGUUUGUGCUCUUUUCGUUCAGCACGCUCUGUCCUACUGCAUACCAGACCCGGCCCACCACCCACCACACGCGGCUCCCCCGUUAUGUAGCACCACACUCGCCGCUCUCGCUCCUGCCCUCGCCCCUACACUCGCAGCCUCUAUAUCUGCCUCUCUCCCGUCUCUUCUAAACUCAGCAUUGCCUCCCGUGCUGACUUCUGCAUUGGCUGCUGCGGCGCCUCUUUUGUCUGACCCUUGCAGUAUGCCUGCGGCGCCUGUUGUUUUACCUGCUGCACAUCUACCUCACCACUCUCCUUGCGCCCCUAUCACGGUUCCCGCUAUUCCUGUACCACCUCAUUAUGCCCAUCCUCCUAUGCCAGCUCCAUGCGCCCCUAUCACGGUUCCCGCUACUCCUCUUCCAUUACCGCCUCCUUGUGCACCCAUAACCCUGCCAGCGGCACCUCUACCCGCAGCACCUCUUGCCGCUGCGCCUCUUAUGUUGUCAGCCGCACCUCUGCCCUUAACUUGCAUGCCACCUCCAGCGCAUGCACCGCCAAAAACUUGCAUUCCAGCCACAGUUUGUUUCUAAAUGUUGAACAUUUACAAAAUUUGUUGCUUAAAUAAAAAUUGUCUCUGACUUUUA